GGCAACUCCUCCAGAGAUAUGACAGUUAAGAUGCAGACAAGUGAGCAGAGCAGAUGCUUCAGUCGACAUUGAUAUGAUGGUGACUGAGUGCAGUGACCGGCAGUGAAAAAGAUGUAAUUUUGGAGAUUAUGCACACCUAGCAGAUGGAUUUCAUCCGCAAAAGUGACAGCAGUAUAGUUUUGCAAGAGAAAAUUGCGAAGGAGAAAGAAGAACUGCUUGAAAAUGUCAAGAGAGAGGCCAAAAGACUCAUGGAAGAAGCAGUUACAAGAAGAUUUGUGCAUGCAGAUAGCAGCUCAGUCUCUUCAUUAUGUGCUGCUGUUGAUGCCUGCCUAGGCCAUCAUCUCAAGAAAAGAGUUGGGGGCCUCCUGUCAUCAAGCUCAACGGACUCACUCAUCAGCAAAUUCGCAAAGUAUGACGAAGAUGCGAGUGACAUUGCCAAGCAAUGCAGCGAUGCACACGACAACAUCAGCAGAAUAUCUACGACAGAUAACCAACAGCGAAAGAACAUUGCCAAAGUCAAUGGCUACAAUGUGUCAGGGCAUCAUGGAAAGCAUCUCUGGAUAAGGCUUGCCCUUUUAGAACGCGUACUUUCUAAAAUCAUCGGAACACUUCUGGAACAUUACGAAGAGUUCUAUGAAAGUGAUGCAUUUCUCGCUGAUCAAGUGUUUGGACCUUCGCUCGUUUGGUUGUUAGAUGGCCCGUGCUCGUUGGAUUAUUCGAAGAUGAAAACACCAGAGGCCACUUGGACUGAUCCUCCAGCCGAUGAACUUGUAAUGCGCCACCGCAUUUACGGUAGCACCCCAGCAUCUUCGUCUCCACAGCUUAGCAAGCCGCAGCUAUUUAUGAGCCCCAGCAGUGAGGCGAUUUCAAGUGCUCCGCAGCUGGCAAGAGAGCAUGUUGGUUCUCUGCACCAGAAUGCUCACUCCUCUUUGAUGUUCGGCAAAAAUAAUGUUGUUAUUGACAUGCCAGAAUUUGAGAAACCUGUUGCUGGCUACCUGUCUAUUCACAAAUGCCCAGAAUCGCUGCUUUUGAAAUGGACACCAAACCUGAUGAUGAGUGGUGCCUCGGAGACAGAAAAGAGCUUGUACUGGAACAGGGUGCUGACAGUUGACAUGUCUGACAUUGUCUUUCUACACUGUCACCAGAGUGGUGAUGGGACGAAUGGAACUGUUGUUUUGAUAGGCCAAGAUGGGCUACAGCUUCCCCCUUUUUCAUUCCCAUCCGGCUCGCUGCUAGCAUUUUUAACCUGCCUCGAACAAGGUUUGUCUCCUUCGGGGCGUUUCGACCCUCCACUCAAUUUGGCGAGCAUCAACUCUGCGCAAGGUCCGCAGUACAAAAGAAAUUUGUUGACUGAGAAAAUAGCAAAACUUGGCGAGGAAGUAAAUGGAAACGUGUCACAGGAUUUCGUAUUUAGACUGAUUAACGGAAUGAAGACAAGUGCAGUAGACAAGAAACAACUGCAAAAGCUGUUAUCGAAUGCUACUCCAAGCAAAAUUCUGCCAAUCUGGAAGGAAAAGGAAGAAAAGAGAAAAAACCUACUGCCGAAAAUGCAUAAUGUGAAAUUGCAGCGUAGCGGUGGAAUACCAGCGAGGGUGUCAGUCCAGUUGGCAUAUGACAAAAUGAAACAUCAGAUAUUGUCAAGGGCGUUUUACGGAUGGAUAGCACACUGCCGUUACUUGAAAACUGUUCGAACCCAUUUGGCAUCGUUAAUCUUACCAAUCGGAUUUACAGAAAAAUUGCCUGCUGAUGUCGAAAGUGGUGUCACUGAAAAAGUGUUUGACAGACUCUGUGCUAAAGGACAGAUUGACGAUAUGAUGUUGAUGAUGCAGUACAUUUAUUAUGGUGGUGUCCAUCCAUCAAUACGAUACAAGGUCUGGCCAUACCUACUGGGACACGUUUUAUUUGGAUCAACUGCAGAAGAUUUGAUGCAAGCAGAAAUACACUUACGUGAAGAUUAUAACAAAAUUGUUAAAGAAUGCAAAAAACUCGAGAAAUAUCUGAGACUAAAGGAGAAAGAUUUGCUAAGUAUGUCAGGUUUCGGAGAUGUCGAGUUACGGACGAGUGAUUCUGUUGAUGGUGAAUCGAGGGAAAGUUCUAUUUUGCAAACGAAAAUGAAUUCAGAAGGAUCACAAAGCGAUACCCAGUCUGACAGCCUGGUUAUUGAUGGUUGCAGGGACGAAAGCUUUGGAAGCAGUAACGAAAGCACAACCAAUCUUCACCAAGGAAAUCCGGAAUGGAAUAAGAACUCCCUCAUAUCCAGCUUAAUGGAAACAAAAGACAGUUUACGGGAAAUGGUCGAUAGUGCGAGUAAACGAGGUGCCGAAGCAUGGAGAAACCUUGUUAAGAAAUCAAAGAAAAAGCAACUUCGCCGUCGAACUGAAAGCGAACCAACGUCGAAACGUCUAGAACAGUUAUCAUCGACUAGUUUUGACUUAGAAAUUGCGUGUAACACUUGCGGAAAGAAGAUAAUCGAAAGCAAACAGCGUGUACUUGACGGAAAAUUAAAUGACAGUAGUAUGGACAAUAUUGAAUGCUUAACAUGUUUACAGAAUCGGGAGACAAAUGGUGAUGAUCCCGAGCUUUGGAAUAUAGGGUACCCGGAGCCUCUGAAGACGAGAUCCCGGUCUGUCUCGAGCACCAAUCCGGAGACUGGUGAGCGAUAUGACGACACGAAGAAAGAUUCGGUAGAUGCGCCGAAGUUUUUUAUCGUCAAUGGAGAAGACCUUGACAAUCGAAAGUCAUCUGCUUCUGCACUGGAAGCUGCAUACGGGGAGGACGUAUUGAGAGAGUUUGCCUUGAAUAUUCACCGCAUUGAUAAAGAUGUUUUGAGAUGCGAUCGAAACCAUCCUUACUUUGCUUCGGAUAAUCUUAGCAAAUUGCGAAAUGUUGUUAUGAGUUACGUAUGGGAAAGGCUUGAAGUUGGCUAUGUUCAGGGAAUGUGUGACCUUUGUGCGCCGUUUCUGAUUAUAUUUGAUGACGAGGCGAAAGCCUAUGGCUGCUUCGUAAGGCUAAUGGAAAGAAUGGAGCCAAAUUUUCCUCAUGGUACCGCAAUGGAUUCACACCUUGCCAACAUCCAAUCAAUUCUCCAGAUUUUAGAUCCUGAACUUUACGAAGUGCUCUACCGUGAUGAAGACAGUUCGAUAUUUUAUUUCUGCUACAGAUGGCUUUUGUUAGAUUUUAAAAGAGAAGUCCAAUAUAGCGACGUUUUCAUGAUCUGGGAAACAAUAUGGGCUGCAACCUAUGUUUCUGCGCCAAAUUUUAGCUUAUUCGUAGCUGUUGCAUUAAUUGUUUUAUACAGAGAAAUUAUUAUCGACAACAGCAUGGACUUGACCGACAUAAUCAAAUUUUUUAACGAAAUGGCGGAGCGACAUGAUGCGAAGGCUGUACUCAAUCUGGCGAGAAACAUCGUCCACAAAUUGCAGGAGGUUAUGCAUCCUAUUGACUAUAAUUAACAGUAUCCACAGAAUUGCAUUGGAUAUUUUGCUGGGGUUGGUUUCUCAUUUGACGAACAAGAGUUUUCAAAUAAGAUGGUGAAACUUUGAGAGAUUCCCGUUUCCGGUCAACAAUGUAAGAAAGGCUGGGAUGAUUUUAUUGCUUUUGGCAGCUUUUUGGAUUUUUUUUGCAGCAAAUAGUUUAGGGGACCAUCCAUAUCACACGCAUAUCGUGCCAUGAAGAAUUCGAUUUUUAUUCCACAAGAUUAUAAUAUUGCUGUUUUAUCGUGUACAGGGAAGGAAGGCAAUGUUGAGCAUUUUAAGGUCAUUGUGGAACUAGAAUUGGGGAAAUCAGAUAAGGUACAAUAUUGAUAAUCGUUUGUUUAAUAUUUUCAAGUAUAUUUCUUUCCAAAAAAAGAAUGAAUUAUCACUGAACGCUUAAUGCAAAAAGACUGCUUUUUUAAUACUUUAGCGAGAAACAUUUUUUUAAUGGCAGAUUAUUGCUAUAUGGUAGAAUUUUGGAUUAUGUUUUUCGAAAAUGCUUCAAUCUUUAAGGCAUUUAUAUUUAUGCAUUAUAACCCAGGGGUUGUCGAACUUAAGCAAUCUAUAAAUUCCAACCCUUGCACCAAGUCAAACACGCUUUCGAAAAGCCAGGACUUGAUGAGCGAAGAUUGUACAAUGUAUUGCAAACGUGAAUAUGUACAUCUGAAGAAGAAAGGCUGUCUGCAUUGAGAAUCACUUGACAGGCGGGACAGAAAUCCCUACCGAGUCAUCCCCCCUCCUUGCAGUGAGCUGACGCCUGUUUCAGCCCAUUGAAUGGGCUGUUUGAUUGAAUUGACGGGGGUUGAUUACCCAGUCUCUGGGUGACAGGUAGUUGUUCCUCUCCUCUGCAAUAUUUUGAUGACUGAUAGCAGUCCAGGAUUUGUAGGUUCUGCGUAGCAGCCUUACCUCUACGUAGCAGCUUUUCUAAAGAAUAAUCAAUCUUUAUAAUUUAUUUGUUAAGGUAAUGGAAUUUCUGUCGUCAUUUGCUUCGAAUUUUAACUUCUUAUAAUAAGACUAGUGACACUAAUUAUCGUGAGGUUAUUAGCAUAAUUAUUUAUAAUAUCAUUGGCAUUUAUUUGAUAGACUUAGCCAGGUAAAAAGUCAAAGACUGCAAGCUUCUUUGAAUUAUUCGUUAAAUUAUAAUUUCUGCAACUGUCAAAUUUAGCUUAUGUAAAAUAGUUUUUUGAACAUUUCUUUCCCAGCUAUACGCGUAAGUCAGAAAUGCGCUUUUUCUUUGAAUUAAGAUUUAGUUUUGUAUAACUUAAUACUUAAUGUUAAAAACGCCUAAAUGUAUACAUUUUGUUGUCCAUAUCCGCAGUUAAUUUAGCAAUCUAUUCAAUUAUGUUACGUCAACACUGUAUCAAAUAGAAGUCAAUUUUUAAGCAUGGCUCGGGCAUUCUAAAGAGCUGUCAUUUCUCUCAAGAAGCAAGGCUAUUAAGAUCCACAAAUGCUGUUUUUUAAAACUCGAACAUCCAACUGCUAUCAAGACCAGAUGUCGGCAGAAAUGGGUCUUCUGCUGAGAGUCUUGUAUGAAGUCAUCUUCAGCUUGUUGGUGUAAGUUCUUGCAACCGUCUUUCGUUUUGCAGAUUCGUUGUGGGAUUUAUUAGAUAGAGCAGAGACGGGUUCCAAAAUAAUAAAGGUUUCAUUUAUUACUUGUAUGCAAUUUUUAUGAGUGCCCGAACCAUGAUUGAUAGGAGGCUGGUAGCAGUUUAGUUGUAUAUUUUUAGGAAAUGGUGUUGGUGUAACGCAGUUCAGUGGUUUUGUAACGCCAGAGUUCCCGUUAUAAUAAUGGGCAAAACGAUAAAUAAUGUGCUUCUACACUUUUCUCUAGUAAAACGUGCAAGUCUGUCAUGGGUGCCCUACUUGCCCCCGCACUAAUAAGCUACGGUUUGCCUCUCUCCCCCCCCCCAACUAUUAGCUACAGUUCUUUGCUCGGUCCAUCAGAAUUCAAGUUGCGAGAGAUGAUACCUCCCUUUGUUCUUUGAAAAUGCUGCAUCCCAUAUUCCAAUAAGCACGGCAGGCUCAGUUCAAAACUUUGUUAGUUUUGAAAACUAAUAAUGCUCUGUGAGUAUCUGCAUUUUCUCUUAGUUCAAGCUAACGCUUGAUUUCCCACAUCUAUAAGGUUCCCGUAAUGUUCGGUACAAUUUUCUCUUGAUGCACAAUUUUAGUCUAGUGCUACUUUAGUAAUCGAUCAUUUUCACAAAGUAUUUGCUAACAGAUUGCCAUAUUAUAAUUAUUGAUUGAGGAUAGUGGUGAUGAUUGUGACAAAAUACAUAACUGUCAGGCUGUGGUCAUUCAUAGCCCUGCAACGAUCAGUUCAUCAACAUCUCAUUAUAGCAGCCUAUAUUGAUGGUCGACAAUGACGCCCUUUCCAUUAGUCUUUCCCAAUUCAUUAUCCGUAAUAUCUGAUCUUGAAGCUUCGAUUUGUAUACGCUCCCCGGAACCUUUGGCGUUGCACAUCCACUGACUUUGUUAUGAACGUAUCCCGCUUAGACAAAAGCAUUGGUAAUUACGCCCUUCUUAAUCGUCUACGUUGAAUGUACAUCUACAAAUCAAAUCUUAUUAACCAAGAACGCAUUCAGAUAACGCAAUAAUGAUAAUUGCUACUCACA